AUGGCCCCGAAAGAGGACAUGCUGCCCCCGGGCUGGGAGGAUCUAGACAGGCAAAUGGGCCAGCUCUUUAUGAUGGGCUUCGAUGGUACCUCCGUCAGCCCGCAGAUUCGCUCGCUCAUUGAAGACUACCACCUGGGCUCUGUUCUCCUCUCCGCCAAGAACUUGAAAUCUGCCGAGGCGGCCACCCGGCUGGUCCUCCAAUUGCAGACCAUCGCACGAGAUGCUGGUCAUCUGGUUCCGCUGCUCAUCGUGUUGGACCAGGAGAAUGGCGGCGUCAACAGCUUGUACGAUGAGAUCUAUAUCCGCCAGUUCCCCAGCGCCAUGGGCGUCGCGGCCACGGGGUCCAAGGCGUUGGCGCAUGAGAUUGCGGUGGCAACUGCCCAGGAAUUGAAGGCUGUCGGGGUCAAUUGGAUCCUCGGCCCCGUUCUAGAUGUCUUGACGAAUGUGCGGGAUCAACCGUUGGGGGUGCGUACUUCCGGCGAUGACCCGCAAGAGGUGUCGCAGUACGGAGUGCAGUUCAUGAAAGGGUACCAGGAAGCAGGGCUCGCGACCUGCGGCAAGCACUUUCCUUCUUACGGUAAUCUGGAAUUUCUGGGGUCGCAUACUGACGUCCCCAUUAUAACGGAAUCUUUAGAGCAACUCAGUCUGAGCGCUCUGGUUCCUUUUCGUAACGCCAUCAUGCAGGGCCUCGAUGCUAUGAUGGUCGGUGGUGUGUCCAUGUCAUCAGCUGGGAUGAAUGUCAUGCACGCCUGUCUCAGUGACCAGGUGGUGGAUGAGCUCCUGCGGAAGGACUUGAAGUUCCAAGGAGUCGUCGUUUCCGAGUGUUUGGAGAUGGAGGCUCUCACGCACAAUAUUGGUGUCGGUGGUGGGACCGUCAUGGCAAAGAAUGCGGGUUGCGAUGUCAUCUUACUCUGUCGGUCAUUCCCCGUGCAGCAAGAGGCAAUCAAUGGAUUGAAGUUGGGAGUGGAAAAUGGCAUCAUUGGGCGGGCCCGAAUUGAGCAAUCGCUCCGUCGGGUUUUGAACUUGAAGGCUCGAUGCACGUCCUGGGAGCAGGCGCUGAACCCACCGGGUCUCCCAUCGCUGACGCAGAUGCAGCCAUCGCAUACAAAUCUCUCGACUCGGGCCUAUAAUAAUUCCAUCACCGUGAUGCGCGACAAGAAAAAUCUGCUCCCUCUUUCCAACAUCAUCGAUGCGGGCGAGGAGCUCCUCCUCUUAACCCCCUUAGUCAAGCCUUUGGCGGCUUCAGCGGUCUCGCUUUCAGCGAAUGAGUCAACUCGCGUGCCUAUCUUGGACCACGCAUCGAUGGACCGAUCAGCUUCUGUGAUGAGCGGAGAGAGCGUAUUUAAAGAACUGGGGAGGUCCCUCUCACGGCAAAGGAGCGGACGCGUUCUUCAUACAUCCUAUACCCACAACGGUGUGCGGCCCAUCCACGAAGACCUCAUCAAACGAGCCAGUGCAGUGAUCGUGGUGACUGCGGACGCAAACCGGAACUUAUAUCAGCAGGCGUUCGCGAAGCAUGUCUCGUUGGUAUGCCAGUCACAAUACUCCACUACUGGUGAACGUUGCGAGAAGCCCCUGAUCGCGGUGGCGGUCAGCUCUCCGUAUGACUUUGCGAUGGAUUCUAUGAUUGGUACCUACGUGUGCACGUACGACUUCACCGAGACGGCGCUCCAGGCCUUGGUCAAAGUUCUUUAUGGCGACUUGGCUCCUACAGGAAGCUUACCUAGCUCCAUCAGCCGCAGCCAAAAAAUUCAUCAGUCCCGCCAGCACUGGCUUGUGGAGAAUUGGAACGAGGAGCGGGAUGCGGAUGGUUUGGACGCGCUGCUUGAUGCCGUCCGCGAGGACUGUGCACAAGGGCAGCGCUCUGAGCUUCUUGGUACUACCUACAGCAGCUUCCUUCUGCGCAAGGAAGACAUCGACGAGGCGCACUUUGUGGUCCGCAACAGCAGUACACAAGCCCUUUACGGCUUCUGUGCGACCUACUUCUUUCGAUCCACCGGCACGGGCGUUAUUGGGUGCUUGAUUGUCGACCCGUCGCGGCGCAAGCUGUCGAUCGGCCACUCCCUGCACAGUCGUGCCAUCCGCACGCUCCUCCAGCGUAAAGGCCUGAAGCGAUUCCAGCUCGGCUCUCGUCUUCCGGGCAUCUACCUGGGCAUUCCCACCGCGAGCCAUGUUGAACGCAAGCGUCUGCGCCAGUGGUUCGCCAACCUGGGCUGGAACACCUCACUCUCGCGCUCCGUGUGCAGCGUUAUCCUGCGCAAUCUGGCGACCUGGACGCCGCCUGACGGACUCACCGUGACGUUGCAGAAUGCAGACGUCCUUUAUGACCUCGUCUAUGGGUGGGACUUUGCCCGUGCCAUUCUCGACCACAUCAAGACCAAUGCCCGCCAGGGCGUCGCCGACAUCUAUCGCAUUGCCCUCGGUGGCGCUCCCAAUUGUGGCAUCAUCCGCGCCAAGCGGUCCACCGACGACAUGAUUCUCGGCAGCAUCGUCGUAUACAAUGAGCGAUCGGCACUGGCGGAGCACAUGCCCGCCCUGCGCGCCACCCAGACAACUGUCGGGGGUAUCUCGUCACCAGUCAUCUCGCCUUGUGCCGACGACUACUCCACCGUUAUGCAGGGGUUGAUCCUGCUGGCCAUCAAGCAGAUCCGGAAGCUGAAUGCCAAUGCGGUGGUGAUGGAUUGUGUGGAUGGUGACGGCAAUUUCGACUGUCUUUCGUCGAUGGGCUUCAGCAUGCUGCACAACUUCGAGGAGGUCAACUGCGAUGCGGCCACCUGGACGAUGAUGCAUCCGUCAUAG